CUUGUGCAGAUGUUAUGGCAUUAGCUAAAGAAGCUAGAAAGCGAAAUCUUGGUCCUCUUCAUCCUUCCUUUAAUGUGAUAAAGAUAAUAAGAGAUGGACUGAUGAGAAAUCUUCCAGAAAACACUCACCAGUUGUCAUCGGGCAGACUGUGUAUUUCACUAACCAGAGUAUCAGAUGGUAAAAAUGCAUUGAUAUCUAAUUUUAACUCUAAAGAAGAAGUUGUCCAGGCUUUAAUCUGUAGUUCAUUUGUCCCUAUUUAUUGUGGCCUAAUUCCACCAUCAUUUAGAGGUGUGCGCUAUGUGGAUGGAGGAAUCAGUGACAACUUACCUAACUAUGAAUCUAAGAAUACCAUCACAGUUUCACCUUUUGCUGGGGAGUGUGAUAUCUGUCCAAAAGGGAAUUCUGCCAACUUUCAUGAAAUGAAUGUGACUAACACCAGCAUUCAGCUCAGUUUGGGGAACCUUUAUCGUUUAACACAAGCACUCUUUCCACCAGAACCUAAGGUACUAGGAGAGAUCUGUGAGCAAGGAUAUUCAGAUGCUCUUAAAUUCUUGAAAGAGAAUGGUAUUCUGAAUGACUCAAUUUAUAUCCACUUGUCCUUCACAAAAAGAAAUCCUCUUGAGCCUGCACAACACAUUGACUGUAUGGAGAAAAAGAAAUUGACAGAAAAUAACAGAGUAGAAACUUUGAAAAUGGAAGUACUUAAUGACCAGCUGAAGCAAAAUCCCUGGCCUUUGGAGAAGAGCAUAUUUGAGAGUCUUCCUCCUAGACUUCGUAAAGCACUGCAGGAAGCUUGUAAAGAACAGAAUGGAUUCUAUGCUCAGUUCUCUAAACUCUUCCCAAUGCGGGUGAUAUCCUAUCUGAUGCUACCAUAUACGCUACCAGUGGAGUCCGCGUACUCUGUUGCUUUACGAUUAGUAAACUGGUUUCCUGACAUGCCUGCUGAUGUUCGAUGGAUGCAAGAACAGCUUUGUCAGAUUGCUGGUACAGUUUAUUCCCAGGCUAAAAGCAAGCUAUUCUGUACCUCCAGGAAAGACAAUUACGCAUCACUGAGAAAAUGUCAAACUGUCCCAUCUACUAUGGAAUUUCAUUCUUCAUACUGCCACCUUAAAAUGCCUCACUCUUCUGCGGACCUUGAAACCUGGCUCUGGGAAUCUUCAUGCUUCAUGCACUCAGCUAUGAAAAAUGCCUCUGCUAACAUGCAGGAGCAUUCAGACUUAAAGUCCUGUCCUAAUUUUCUCCCAAAUUCUGAUGAGUCUGGGUUGGAAAUAGAUUUUGACUCUUCCUCAGAGACAAGUUUCCAAACUGCUCCAGAGUAUUAAUUUGGAAGUACAUUCCACAGUUUCCAAAAUUCCAAUUUGGCAGAGAAAUUUAAAUCCUUAAAGGACUAAAGAUCACUUUGUUUAUUGCCAAUAAGUCUUGGGAAAUUAUUUGUUUACAGCUUCCUGACAAAUCUGCCUUGGGAAUUCUACUGUUUUAAGGAUUAUAAAACCAGCGGCUGCUAUACUAAGU